UAUCAUCAAAACAACAAUAAAUAAGACAUCAAUAGUAUCUGUGUGUAACAACUGGAUUGCAUUUUGUAGAUACUUUUAAAAAAAUCUUACAAAACAAACAAAUGACAAGUUCUUGCAUACAUAACUUGUGUGGUCAACAAACACUAGUACAUGUACUUUUGGAGAACUCAAACUUGAAAGCAACUCAACAAUAGUAAUAGCAAUAGUAUUACAUCGAUCAAAGGUCUAUCAUCAAUUGAUGAGAUCACACCAUUAAUGGAACCUCUGAAACUCAAUUACCCUCUCUCUCUCAGCUAGGAUGGUAGUUGGCUUGAAUUUACUUUCUUCAGCCAUUUAUUUAUUGAUAAUUAUAAAUGACGUAACCAAUAAGAUGUUUAAGAAGUAAAAACUGAUUAAUAUAAUUACUUGGAUUCCUAUAGGUCCUUUUUAAAGUUAUAAAUGACGUAUCAUAACUCUAUAUCCGUCUCUUCAUAUUCUUCUCCCAUCUCCAAAAUUUCCUUUAAAUUGUUUUAAACAACCCUAAAGCAGUUAUGGAUAAUGAUAAAGGAUGCAGAAGGUUCAUCUUGGUUGAUGAUGAGUACAAGUUCUUCUUUGAUCAUCAUCUUAGUGGUGGCGACAACACUUUUCUCCCUCCCUUUGACGAUGACAAUGUGGAAUCUGAAACUCGUAGUCUUGGUUUCAAGGUUUCUGGUGGUUCAAAAAGAUCAAAGAAACCAAUCAACAACAGAGUUUCUCAGAAGAGAAAGAGGAAAGAGAUUGGGUCCGAGGAUGAGGCUUCAAGAGCUUUUCCGGUAGCUACAACUAGAGAAAGCAUUCAACGUGACAAUAGAGCUUCUGAACGAAGAAAGAGGAAGAUGGCUGAGUUUGAGUCCGCUAGUGUUUCAAGGAACCAAGUAAAAAUCCGACAAGACAACAAAGCUAAGAAAGUGUCAGAGUCAACAAAGGUUAACACUUCACGGGAUGUUCCUUUGGUUAGAGCCACCCAACGAGACAACAAAGCUAGGAAAGUGUCAAAGGUUGACACUUUAAGGGAUGUUCUGUUGGUUAGAACCAAAGAAACCAUCCAACAAGACAGCAAAGCUAAGAAAAUGUCAGAUGUUCCCUUGUUUAGGACCAAAGAAGUCACUAGAAGAGACAAAAGGGUUGCUGAACGAAGAAAGAAGAAGAUUGAUGAAACUAAAGCAGCAGGGACUUCAAGGGUUGUUCAUGUGGAGAAAGUAAAUAGAGAUGUAGACAAGACUCCAAGGGUUGUUCCAGUGACACAAAGCAACAAAGGAGUUUCUGUUGGGACAAGGAAGAAGAAGAAUGAAGCAGCUGUGGAUAAAGACUACGUGAGCUACCUCACAUGGCUUGUAGACUCUCUUAAAGCUUCCACAACUACUGUUCCUGUUCAGUCUGAAAAGGAUCUAUUAGCAAAAGUAAAGGUUGAGCAAGAUACUGAGUCUUGUUCUCAUGAUGAUGAUGAUGAUAUAAUGGUUAGUGAUUCCCCUUUCUUGAGUGGAGGAAGUAGUACACCUUUUGUGGUGUCCAAGAGCAAGACAGUGAUUGAUCUCGAGAAAGAUAGUACAGAGGACGAGAGUAGAAACUGUGUGUUUACAAAGGAGCUAAUGGAAGCUUUGGAGAAACCAUAUGAUAAAAGAGAGUUGUUGAAGCUCUUUGGUGAUGUAUCAAAGAAAAAACCAGUGAUUCGGUGUAAAGAACUGAGAAAUGGAAGAGUAAAGAAUUAUGAGACUUCUGAGUUGGCACCUUCUUAUCUUGAGAAGGUGUCUGAUUUCGAUAGAGAAUACAAGAGUGUGGAUGGUGAUGAUAAGGCGAGAUUGAAGUUGCUGCGUGGUUUUUUCUUCUACUUGAAGAAUGUAACUCGUGCUGGUUCUUUCAAGCCUUGGUUGCCAGAGAAUCAGAAGAAGCUGGGGCUAGGAAAGCAAUGCUUGUAACCAUAAGGAGGUGUGUAGUAAAUCUUUUGGGUUAAAUAAGCAGGUUGAUGUAGUUUUGAAUCAGUGUAUUGUCUUUGUUUCUUUUGUUGUUGUUGUUGUUGGAUGACAAGAUGAUUCAGAGUAGUUUCAUGUCCCCUCAAGAAUCUGAUGUUAUUGAUGCAAUGUCUCAGACUCUUGUUCUCAUAAGACUAAAACUAGAUUAUGCAAUUUAACUGAGUUAAAAGGAGGGUAAUCUUUUGGGUUAAAUAAACAGGUUGAUGUAGUUUUGAAUCAAUGUAAUGUCUUGUUUCUUUUGUUGUUGUUGUUGGAUGAGAAUAUGAUUCAGAGUAGUUUAUUGUUCUCCAAGAAUCUCUUAUUAUUGGUGCAAUGUCUCAGACUCUUGUUCUCAUAAGACUAAAACUAGAUUAUGCAAUUUAAUUGAGUUAAAAGGAGGGUAAUAAUCUAAUAUAGUAAAGCAGGUUGAAGUAGUUUUGAAUAAGUGUAUUGUCUUGUUUCUUUUGUUGUUGUUGUUGUUGGAUGACAAUAUGACUCAGAGUAGUAAUCUAAUAUUAUUGAUGCAAUGUCUCAGACUGUUGAUCUCAUAGGACUAAAACUGGAACUAAAUUAUGCAAUUUAAUUGACAUAAAAGGCAUUAGAUUUGAGGAUGAUGGCGUUGGGGGUUUGAACUCUGAAUGUUGAUUUAAAUAACUUUCUUAUUUAAUAAGAAAAAAAACUGAGAAGACAAGAUUGUUAUGCUUUCUAAACUAACAGAGAACAAGCAAGAUAUAGUAACCAAACAUCAGCACCAUCUUCUUGUACAACACACUUACUAUAUACAACAUGGCUAAUAUAUUGUUUGAGUACAUGUUAGGAAUAUGAACCAAAGAGGCAGACAACAUCUGCUCUCAUGAUGAGUUCCCUUAUGAAUCAGCAAAUCAUACACUUUGUCUACUUUACAGAAGCUAUAAGCAUUAGACUUGUGUCCAAAAAAAAAAAA